AAGUGGGAGCGACAAUCUGAAGGCAGACUAUCUCCGAUCCUCAGCGACCUACUGCCCAGCAGACUCCCCCGUCUCCUCCUCCUCUCCUCCAGCCGGGCAACUCAGCAGGAGGCGGGACACGCAAAGCAGCAGCAGCAGCAUCCCGGAGGAGAGCAGCAGCAGCAUCCAGCCUCUGGUCUACCCGGCCUGCUGCAGCAGCAGCAUCAUCCAGGAGUAGAGCAGCAGCAGCAUCCAGCCUCUGGUACCCGCCUGCUGCAGCAGCAUCCCGGAGGAGAGCAGCAUCCAGCCUCUGGUACCCGCCUGCUGCAGCAGCAUCUCGGAGGAGAGCAGCAUCACCCAGCCUCUGGUCUACACGGCCUGCAGCAUCAUCUCGGAGGAGAGCAGCAGCAGCAGCAGCAGCAUCCCGGAGGAGAGCUGCAGCAUCACCCAGCCUCUGGUCUACACGGCCUGCAGCAUCAUCUCGGAGGAGAGCAGCAGCAGCAGCAUCCAGAGCCUCUAGUACCCGCCUGCAGCAUCAUCCCGGAGGAGAGCGGCUGCAGCAUCCUCCAUCCUCUGGUCCCCUCCUCUGCCUGCAGCAGCAUCAUGACGUCGGGUGAGUUGAUGCAGAGCGCUCCGCUGCUGUCUCACCGCUCCAAGAGGAGCGUGCUGUACAAGUCGCUCUGCUUCCUGCUGCUCGUCUUCCAGGGCGGCGUGCUGGACUUCUACCUCAUCAACUUCACCGACCUGUACUGGUGCUCGUGGAUCGCCACGGACCUGGUGGUGAUCUCCGGAUGGGGCAUCUUCUUCGCGAAGAACGCGCGCAGCAAGCGAGAGCGCGCGUGCGGCUUCCACCAGAAGAGCUCCAUGUUCGGCUGCAACCUCGGAGAGUUCACCUACGCAUACCUGGCCUGGCUCAUCUACGUCAUCGCAUGCACGCCCAAAGUGGUGCUCAUCCUGGAGACGUCCAUCCUGGACCUGAUCGAGCUGCAGGUGCCGUGCGGGGUCACCGGGUUCAAGGUCAUCGUGCUGCUUUCUGCACCGCUGCUCUUCUGCCUCAUCAACUCCAUCAUCGAGGACCUGAACGGAGCGACGCGGCACCGCUCCACCAGCUGCUUCCUGGGCACCUGCAUGGACCUGCUGGACUCCUUCACGCUGGUGGAGAUGCUGCUGAGGAGCGAGAUCCCGGACCCGUACCUCAAGUACACCGUGAUCUCGGUGCACUUCGUGGUUCUGUCCGUGCCGGUGAUCUGGCUGUACGAGCUGAGCGCGUCGGAGCUGCGCUGCCGCUGGCUGUGUGCGCGCUUCAUCACCGGCCUGCUGGUCAACGCGCCGCUGCUCGUGGUCAGGUGCUUCCAGGUCUACGUGUACCGGAUGCAGGUGUCCGUGUUCAUGUUCAAGAACAUCUUCUUCUUGGCGUGUAGGCUGCUGGAGCUGGUGGAGCAGUGCGCGGCGGUGAGAGGCGUCCGGAGGCUGAACGGAGGCAGAGACCAGGCUCAGUUCUCCCACUGCGUCUCCGAGAACGACAUGUGUCCGCACGGAUACGUCAACACCCUGGCCGUCACUCAGUCCUAGAGGAGGAGGAGAAGGGAGUGCGUUUCAGACACAUCUGGAAAUCAGAAAGUCUUAGUGCUUAGUGAUCCUGGAUAAAUGAAGACCAGCUCAACAAACCUCCAUUAACGGUAUUUAGGUAACAACAGAUCAGUCAUGUACAGUUAUAUUAACAUCAAUAAACACUGGAAGGAAAAACUAGUUCUACAGAAACACCCAGAUCUCCUGUUAUACCUGUACAGGUGAGAGGUCGAGGUGUCUCACACUGUCAGCUUUCUUUUAAAUGUUUUAAACUCUUAGAAAUCUGUAUUUCUAUGAAGUUCUUCUACUACUCACAUCAGCUUUAUGCCCAGAUCAGCAGCUGUUUUAAUGCUAAUUUAAAGUAGCUGCAAGGCCCAAUUAACCUGCAAAUGGUAAACUGAGCCUCAAGCUUCUAUUGAGUUUCAGCCCUAUAUUACAUCUUGACUUUGGGCUGACCAACACACAGGAGCCACCAUGGGCCCUAACCAUUUAGUGCUUAUUGCCACAACAACUUUGCAUUGAAUCAAAUUACCCCCGAGGCCUGGUAAUCCAGCUAUGACCAGCUGUAUUUAACCAAUAACCACACUGUGGUGAUGCAAAAGAAAGGACCUACAGAUUCAUUAUUAUUACAGAUUAUAUAAACAUGUUUUAAGCAGUGUGAUUGUGUCUACAGGGUUCAUGUUGCUGCGUGAUCAGAGAGACGACUAUUCUCUCUCUUCUGACAUUUUACAUAACAGGAGAAUGGAUUUUCUAAUUGUUUUGGACGUGUCUGGAAUGCAUCGUCUGUACCAGCCUUAUCCAGUAUAACAGAACAACAUACAGUUCUCCCCUCCUUAUCAGACCCGUCUACAGGUGCUACAGUCAAACCAAACACCUGCAGUAGUCUACAACAACAAACACUGGACCGUGUGUUGAGCUGUGUGUGUUCAGUCCGAGACAGCAGCCGGACUUUGUGUCGUUUUGGGACGUAGAAGUGCAAUUUGAAGAAUCCUCUAAAUGCUGUGUCCGGUACUGAGAGUAGAGUAGAGGCGUGUGUUAGUUAAUGCCAUGCAUAAAGGUCCAACAGUGCCAUGACACACAGGUUUUCUACAGCCGGGCCGACAGGAGGUUCUGUUGUUUUACUAAUCCUCUCACUAUACUGAGAUCAGGAGUCCUAACAGAUCACCGGCUACUGUUCACUCUGACAUCCGACGUUUUAAAAAGUGCUCUGGGUCACCUGCAGGUUCCCGGCUCCUAAUUUAUCCACUCACCCAGAUUACUCAUUCAUGGUUCUGCAGUAAUUAUUCGUUGCUCAGCAGACUCUGAAAAAGCUGCAGUCAUCUUCAACUCACCUGUGAGUCACGUCUGGGACUAUAGAUAUAUAUAUAUAUACUGUCUUUAGUACGUUAUAAUACAUGGAAGCCCUUUUCUCUCAGUUCAGAUCAGUUUAAACGCUGAGCUCGGCUAACAAGCUUCCAGCCUUUAUACUAAACGUGUCUGUGCUGGAUGCAACGUUCAUCUUCUCAUCAGACUUUAGACUGUUCCACCGUUAAAAUGACUGAACAGAUGAAAAGUGACACACACACAUGCUGAAUCCAACAGGUUGUGUUUACAAGUUUACAUCCGGAUGAGUUGAACUGGGAGACGAUCUGCAUCCAGGUGCUGCUGUGUGAACAAACACACAAACUCCCUCUCAGUGCAUUAGUACAUUUACAGCUUUGUUUGAGUAACAGUCUGUCAUGGCAUGAUCGCUGUCCUCCGUGAUGAGCUUGUAGUGAUGCUGUAUGUAAAAAAACCACAUGGCUGAUCAACGUAUAUGAAGAAGAAGAUGUGGAGUGAAGACGUUGUGCAGUUUGGGUCAGAGGGGUCGGAGCUGAUUUUAGUGCCUAUGAUUAUUAUUAUUAUUUUGGAGCUGAAUGAACUCCUCGUUCACUGAGGUGGAUUUAAUCACAGUGACGUUAUCUGUCCAGCUUUGUUUGCCUCAGUGAGUGAUCGGUGUGUGCAGGUCAGAGGUCGUGCCUUGUGAGGACUGAUGAGCCCCUUUACAAAUCACAACUUUACAUUAAUGCUGAGGUUUUCUCAUCAUUUAAAUACAACGUAGAAAUGCAACUUGUUGACCUGCUAGACCAGGGGUCAGCAACCUUUACUAUCAAGAGAGAAAUUAUAGGCAAAAAAUAAUAAUAAAUAAUAAUAAUCUGUCUGGAG